AUGGCGAUGUUGGAUGUCAAGCCAGCAGAAUCGGCGGUAUCAAAGGCCAAGUCUGGCACAGGUCAGUCUUCCAAAGAAGACUGUUCGUGUGAGGACCAAGAUCACAAUAAUUUGGUCCAAACAUCGACUCAAGUCGUGUCUUCUACAAAAGUCAGUCAAUCACCUGAAUUAAGAUUAGCAGAGGUACCACAUCCUCAACAGUAUGCUGCAGACGAGCUGCAGAUUGCAGAGAAGACCAUAUGCGUCACACCAACUAUGAUCCAAAAUAUUGUUAAGGCAGCUCUAACGUACGUAACCCAAAUACCCUUAGAGCUAAAUAACAUUGUAGAUCAAAUUGAUCAAGAAAUAAAUAAAAUGUCAGUAAUCGAAUCUAAAAAAGAAUCAAUUGUAAGACAGUCUGCAGAACCAACAGAAUCCCAAACAAUGUACCAAAUGAUAAACAAGCCCCGAUCUCACACAAGAACUAAUUUACUAUUGCAAUAUGAUCUGCCUGGCGAACAGGGGCCAAAUUGUAUAGAAGCUUUAGAAAAGCUGAUUGAGAUAGCAUAUAAGGCGUAUCUAGAAAUAGAAAAUCAACCACAAUGUCGAGAUUAUUUGUACAAGUUUGCAAGUACAUACAAAGAAGACCGACCACGAGGAUACCUCGAAAAUGGCCAACCCGACAUGAAAUCUUUAAUAUUUAACAUUUUAGAAGAAAUACAGAAACAAAGGCCCGUCACUACCACUUUUCCAUCUGAAAGUGAUCGUUAUGGAGGGUUUGAAGUACCCACACAUAAUGUUUACGCACCUUAUACACCCCCAGUGACUCAAGUUAUUGAACAUACAAUCUCACCGGUUCCUGAACGGCUUCCGAACCCGCAAACGCUACAAAUAAAUGAAUAUACUUACCCUCAGCCCCAGUCGAUCAAUUUCCCAGCGCCACCACCAGUUAAUCAAAUAAUUGAACAUACAAUCUCACCGGUUCCUGACCGGCAUCCGAACCCGCAAACGCUACAAAUAAAUGAAUAUACAUACCCUCAGCCCCAGUCGAUCAAUUUCCCAGCGCCACCACCAGUUAAUCAAAUUAUUGAACAUACAAUCUCACCGGUUCCUGACCGGCAGCCGAACCCGCAAACGCUACAAAUAAAUGAAUAUACUUACCCUCAGCCCCAGUCGAUCAAUUUCCCAGCACCAUCAGCAGUUAAUCAAAUUAUUGAACAUACAAUCUCACCGGUUCUUGACCAACUUCCAAACACGCAAACACUACAAAUUAAUGAAUAUACGUACCCUCGACCCCAGACGAUCACUUUCCCAGCGGCAUCACCAGUAUAUCAAGUUCUUGAACAUACAAUCUCACCGGUUCCUAGCCGGCUUCCAAAAACGCAGACACUACAAAUAAAUGAAUAUACAUAUCCUCAACCCCAAAUGGCUACUCUCCCACCACCACCACCACCACUACCACCAACAUAUCAAGUUCUUGAACAUUUUACAAUCUCACCAGUUCCUAGCCGGCUUCCAAAAAUACAAACGGUACAAAUAAAUGAACAUACAUACCCUCGGCCCCAGAUGGUCACUCUCCCACCACUACCACCAAUUCAGAAAGAUACAAUGAUGAAAUAUACUACUAUGCCGAUAAAACACGUACCCAUCAAACCCAUCCAACCCGAGGGGGUAAUGAAUAUCAUUACAAAACUUUUGCAAACCAGCGACAAGCCGAACAAUGGUAAAGUGUAUGACCACAUCACAAAGCUCGUGGAACUGAAUCCUAAUAUUUUCCAUCCACAGUUACUGAAACACAUAACCACUAUCCUGAAAACUCAUAAGCAGAGUAACGUCCCGCGAAUAAAGGAAUUGCUCCUAUCUCUUAUUAGUGUACAACAAAAACCGCAGCUGAAAGAUGCUUGUACAGAGACACUGCUGACUUACUUGCAACCAAAUCAUAUAGGCCAAUACGAUGCAAGAUUGGUUGACGUUUUAUUGUAUUUGGUCAAUAAACAACCAUCUCUUUCUGAGUGUAAUUACAUAUCAUCUAUUUUGAAUCCAUUUAUGACAGGAUUACCUACAACAGGCGAAUACGCAGAAAUAGCCUUCAAUGUUAUACGACAAAUACAAACUCAAGUACUAACCCCAGAACAGACUAAUAUUAUUACGACAUUAUUGACUCCCUACUUACCAGAUCUUGAAAAUAACAAUAAAGAGCCAGCGGUUAUAGUCGCCAAAGAAUUAUCGAAAUGGAAUGGAAUGGGAAUAAGUCCCCAACAAUUUAAUUCAAUAUUAAACAUUUUGAGGCCAGCAUACCCAAAUAGUAGUAUAGACCAACGAGCUAUUGAUAUUAUUUAUUUCCUUUUGAUUAAUGGACAUCGCCUGAUUCCGGAGUCUAUAGAACUAAUUUUAAUGUUUUUGUCGCCGCAAAAUGAAAUUAUUGACUCCAGACGACUUGAUCUUAUCCACAUAAUAUUCAAUGAGCUGCUGAGAUCUCCUAAACAUGGAUUGCUACUAUUGUCCUUGCUUAUAGAGAAUGGUCCUAAUAUUUUGAAUUCAAAAUAUGUGGAAAUAUUGAUUUUACUAAAACAUCAAAACUUAAUCACUAUAGAAUUAUUAGAUGUUCUUGUAAAACUUUUGAAUGAUGAAAUAAAUGGACAACAAUUAGACAACAAUAAAAUUCAGACAUUGAUUUACCAUGUAAUACAACACCAACAGAAUCAUCCACAACCUGUGGCUGAUAUUUUGGCACUUUUGAAUCAAGGUGGUCUUCCGGAAACAGAUCUUCAAUUGCUACAGUCUCAACCACAAGAACCUAUGAAUGUAAUGACUGAAAACAGUGAAACUCACAUACCACCACCCGUCGACUUCACCAAUGAGUACCGCACGCCCGACGGUGGAUAUCAAACGAUAGAAGAAACAAACGUAAUAACUCCAAUAUCUCCAUUAAAUUCAUUAAAUCCAAACCCUGAAGACGACUUAGUGCAAAUCUUUAAGUGGUUGGAGAGUCACGGGCUAUUAAACCCAGAUCAAACAUCUAAUAACGAACUGGUCAAUAAAAUAUUGAAGAUUUUACAACUGGGCGAGCGGGAGUUAGGUGUCCUCGAGUUGACAUACAUGUUGAAACACGCGAAGCCCCUGAUCUAUCAACCCGUAUAUUACGUGAAGUAUAGACUGCCAAUAUUGAACUUCAUAUCGAACAUGAAGACCUUACUAGUGGAGAACCCUAACCUGAACGCUGAUCCCUUGAAGCUGUUACAAGAACUGAUAGUUGUGUCCAAUGUAACAGAGGUGUCACCGAAUCUACAGGGCUUCCCCAAAGAAGAAAUAUUGAAAUUAACGUUAUAUGAUGGAGAUUUAAUUCAAGCGAAGGUUCUUGAUGAGCAGAACAUGAGUUUGAAUGAGCAGAUCACAUAUGUCCACACAUUGAACGCAGAUAUCUCGCCUGAGGAACUGUUGCAGUUGAACGAGAUGAACGAAGCCAAGUUCUUCCCUAACGUAAUACAGACGAAUGGGCCUAGUAAGUUAACGAUAUUAGGUAACACGAUAGAUAAAUUCGUGGAGUUUCCACCUGUUCAAUAUCAGCAGGUGAUCACCACCUCCAAUCCAGGGGCAACACAUGAAACUCACACAGUGCAUCAGACGUACAUCGAACGAACGAACCAGCACACCACACCGCAAUCUGUUCCGCAAACCCUAGUUCUGCCCAUCAAGUAGAAAACAGUCAAUCUUUUGUUUUUUAUUAAAAUAUGCUUUAGGACAA